UUUGAGUUCUCUUUAGUUUGUUUUCUGUGAACUUUUUACUUGCUCUGUUGGUUGAUGAGAAAGCGAAGAAGCAGAUGCUAAUAUGAGAGCCAAUUGCCAGUUGGGGCUUUGUGAUCCACGCUAGGAAGCUAGAGUAAUGAGUGAAAGACAAUGCUCUUAGAUCAGUCCAAUUUGGCUGGUUUUGUUGUUCUUUUUGACGAAACCUUGCGACUUCGGAGUAAUGUGUGAUCUGUUGUAGUUCAAAAGUGGCAUCAGUGAAUGAUGUGUAGCUGUUUUCAGAUGCUCUUGUUCAUUUUCUAUCAAGUCACCUGCAGUCAUGUCUCAAUAAAUUGCUGAAUUUACGGAGGAAGCACGAACCUAUCUUUUACCAAAGAAAUUUCUGAACACCGUCUAUGCAAAAAUUGUUUGCCUCAUUAUUGGUCGAGGAGUUUAUGUUUCGCAUCAAUGCCGUCCCACCAGAAGGUAUCUGUACUUUGAUCUGUGAGCAUUAAUCCUCUGGGGGUGGCUUAGAUUCAACGACAUAUUGGUCACGAGUUUUGAUGCUUACACUGCACGGAAGUUUGAAAGCUGCUUAUCAGAACAAAAGAUGGUAACUGGAGGGAGCUAAAAUGAUAUUAAAGAGAAGCAUAAUGUGGUCCUUUUUAGAUGUGCGCUAAAUGUAUUGAGUAGCCGAUAUUUGUGUUGUCCGACUCUGUUAUCUUGGAUUUCCAAUUACUUGUGUACCCGUUUUCACAAUGUCGAGUUUGGAGGAACCACUUGGUCUUGACAAGUUGCCCAGCAUGAGUACUAUUGAUAGGAUUCAGAGGUUCUCAUCCGGUGCAUGUCGACCAAGAAUGGAUGAUAUGGGAAUGGGGAGUUGCUGGAUUGAAGGAAGGGAUUGUAGCUCAUCAAACAGUUGCAGCAAUGAUUAUGACGAGUUUACAGAAGACUCAUUCCCAUGGACAAGACAUACCCGAAAUGGGUCCAAAAAUGACUCCUACGCUCGAUCUUCAAAUGGAGGCAGGAAGGACUUGGUGGCUGGCAGUACAUGUACUUCCUGGUACUUCCCAGACCAUCAGUAUAGAUCCAAGUGUGAUGAAAAAAGCAUGCGCACCACGUCGAACAAGUUUUUGACAGGUAUUCCGAAGUUUGUGAAGAUUGUGGAAGUAGGUCCAAGGGAUGGAUUACAGAAUGAGAAAAAUACGGUGCCUACCGCAAUUAAGGUGGAAUUGAUACGGAGAUUAGUGUCUUGUGGGUUGCCUGUGGUUGAAGCCACAAGCUUUGUAUCACCUAAAUGGGUUCCCCAGCUGGCGGAUGCAAAGGAUGUAAUGGAAGCAGUACACGAUUUGGAGGAUGCCAGAUUGCCUGUUCUGACCCCUAAUAUGAAAGGAUUUCAAGCAGCUGUAGCAGCUGGUGCUAAGGAAGUAGCAGUGUUUGCAUCUGCUUCCGAGUCCUUUUCAAAGUCAAACAUUAAUUGUAGCAUUGAAGAGAGUCUUGCACGUUACCGUGCUGUUGCUCAAGCUGCUAAAGCGCUCUCAAUCCCUGUCCGUGGGUAUGUCUCGUGUGCCAUUGGAUGUCCAGUAGAAGGAGCAAUUGCACCUUCAAAAGUUGCUUAUGUGGCAAGAGAGCUACAUGACAUGGGCUGCUUCGAAAUUUCCCUUGGAGAUACAAUUGGGGUUGGUACUCCUGGAACUGUUGUUCCAAUGCUUGAAGCUGUAAUGGCUGUUGUCCCAGCUGACAAACUUGCUGUUCACUUUCAUGACACCUAUGGGCAGUCUCUCCCGAAUAUUUUGAUAUCCCUCCAAAUGGGAAUUAGCACAGUAGAUUCCUCCGUUGCGGGAUUGGGCGGUUGUCCCUAUGCGAAGGGAGCAACAGGAAACGUUGCAACAGAGGAUGUGGUUUACAUGCUCAAUGGGCUCGGCGUGAAGACCAAUGUGGACCUUGCAAAGCUCAUGAAGGCUGGAGAAUUCAUAAGCAAACAUUUGUGCCGGCCAUCUGGUUCAAAGACAGCCGUUGCCUUAUGCCGUGCUACAGCAGAUGCCUCUAAGAUAUGA